UUCUUCCUGUUCUACUUCAGUCGUCAGACUCUGCGCAGUUCCGCGAAGCAGCUAGUCAAUCGUGAGUGAAAAUGGCGGAGAUGGAGGCGACGGCGACGGCGGGGCGGCCUAGGCUGUACUCUUACUGGCGCAGCUCAUGCUCCCAUCGCGUCCGCAUCGCCCUCAAUUUCAAAGGUGUGGAUUAUGAGUACAAGGCGGUGAACCUUCUCAAGGGCGAGCAGUCUGAUCCAGAAUUCGUGAGGCUUAAUCCUAUGAAGUUUGUCCCUGCGUUGAUUGAUGAUGAUGCAGUAAUUGGUGAUUCUUAUGCAAUAGCAUUGUAUUUGGAGGACAAGUACCCCAACCCUCCCCUUUUGCCUCAGGACCCUAAAAAGAAGGCUUUGAAUCACCAGAUUGCGAACAUUGUAAGUUCUGGUAUUCAACCUCUACAUAAUCUCUCAGUGUUGAGGUUCAUUGAGCAAAAAGUUGGUGCAGGAGAGGGUGUCUUGUGGACCCAACAACAAAUUGAGAGAGGUUUCACAGCAAUUGAGAACCUGAUACAAUUAAAAGGCUGUGCUGGGAAGUAUGCUACAGGAGAUGAAGUCCAACUGGCAGAUGUAUUCCUUGCACCCCAGAUUUUUGCAGCCAUUGAGCGCACUAAAAUUGACAUGUCGAAUUACCCCACCAUUGCGAGGCUCCACGCAGAGUACAUGGCACACCCUGCAUUCCAAGCAGCGCUUCCUGGUAGGCAACCGGAUGUCCCUUCCUCUUCCUAGGAACUGCGGCGCUGUUGCUUCUUCAGCCUUGUAUAUUGCUCACCUGAAUAUGGAUUUGGAGUUGUUCCUUGCUCGUUAAUUACUCUGUAUUAAGAAUAAGCACAGAAUUUCCUGUACACGGUACAAAUAAUUUUCUGGUUUAAAACUCUAUCAUGAUAUAAGAGUGGUUUCUGGUCGUCUUCAGGUA